CGAGUCGCUCCAACGCCCGGACGUAACAACCAUCAGACGACGAAAACUCAGGUUCUGCCUCGCCAUCCAAGGGGGACUCGCUUUCUCGAUUCGCCUGACACCUCCAUCGCGUCGACUUCUUCUGUUCAAGCGAUCACACGACGCCCAUCACAUCGCGUCACCCAUCAACCCCUUCACCGCAACUUCCCCUCUGCUCGAUCAAUCGUCACAGGCGGUUACGGCGCAUAUAACCCUCGAUCAUGUCGAACAUCUACAACCACGGUCGCCCCAUGGUGCCGCCUGCUCUGACGAAUCGUCUCUCUGAGUUGCUCGACGCCAUCAAGAAUGAGUUUGAUUCCAUCACCCAGGAGGCAAGCGUCUUCAAAAUGCACAAGGACGAUUAUGAGCACAAAAUCUCUGCUCAGAUCCAGGAGAUGCAGUCGGUUCGCCAGACUGUGUACGAGCUCGAGUUGACGCACAAGAAGAUCAAGCAACAAUACGAGGACGAAAUCACGCGUCUCCGUCGCGAAUUGGAAGCUCGCAGUGGACAGGCUCCCAUGCCCCAACAGGCCGCUCCGCAACAACAGCAGGUCCCUCCGCAGCAUGCUGCGCCCAUGAACCAGCAAACUCCUGCUUCUCAACAGCCUGGACAGCCUGCGCCGCCCGCGAUCGGUCAAGGCCCUUCUAACCUCUUCGGAGGCAUCAUGUCCGGUCAGGGCUCCCUCGCUGCUCCUGAGCAGCAACAACAGCAGCAGGGUCAGCCUGGUCAAGGAGGAUACCCCGGCUACCCAAAUGGACAGCAGCAGCAGCCCCCUACUAAGCGUCCCCGCACUGACGCCGAGCCAUAUACCCCUGGUCCCGGUGGCCCAAACGCUCAGUAUCCGGGCUCCGUGAAGUCCGCCUACCCUCCUAACUCCAAUGCCCCUGCCGUCGAGUCUCCAGGUGCUCAACAUGCCACACCCGUCCCUAAGCGCCCAAAAAAUAACGGACCUGCUGGAUCUGUUACCGCUACUCCCCAGUCUCAGGCCACGGGUAUCGCACCCAUCGUCCCUUCCCCUCAUGUCGGUGGUGACGCCGCCUUGGUCAAGCAGGACCGUGCCGGAUCUGUCCCUCCCAUGGGCGCGGCUCCCCCUCAUGUCCCCAUGGGUGACCAUGACUCUGAGGAUGACCUCCCCCGCGGGUUGAAGAAGAAGGGUGAGGACUGGUAUGUUGUUUACAACCCUAAGGCACCCAAGAACCUUGAGGUCAACCUCCUCCACUCCCUCGAGCACAUGUCCGUCGUCUGCUGUGUCCGUUUCUCUGCUGACGGCAAGUACCUCGCUACCGGCUGCAACCGCUCCGCCCAGAUCUACGAAGUCAAGACCGGAAAGAGGGUCUGUGUCCUCAAGGACGAGGCCGCUGACCGUGAGGGUGAUUUGUACAUCCGUUCCGUCUGCUUCUCGCCUAAUGGAAAGUUGUUGGCGACUGGUGCUGAGGACAGGCAGAUCCGUAUCUGGGAUAUCAAGAACAAGAAGAUUGUGCACCUUCUCACUGGUCACGAGCAAGAUAUCUACUCCCUUGACUUCUCUCGCGAUGGCCGUUAUGUUGCUUCUGGAUCUGGUGACCGUACCGCUCGUGUUUGGGAUUUGGAGACCGGACAGUGUAUUCUUACCCUCUCCAUCGAAGACGGUGUCACUACUGUCGCCAUCUCCCCCGACGGCCGUUACGUUGCUGCCGGUUCCCUCGACAAGAUCGUCCGUGUUUGGGAUUCUCAGACUGGAUACCUCCUCGAGCGUCUCGAGGGUCACAAGGACUCUGUCUACUCCGUCGCGUUCUCGCCCGAUGGUAAGGACUUAUUGAGUGGAAGUUUGGACAAGACUAUCAAACUCUGGGAGUUGAACUCACCCAGGGGCCUGCCUACCGGACGGGACGCUAAGGGUGGAAACUGCAAGCUCACCUUCUCUGGACACAAGGACUUCGUUCUAUCUGUUUGUCUUUCUCCUGAUGGCCGAUGGGUCGUUUCUGGAUCUAAGGACCGUUGCGUCGAGUUCUGGGACCCACGGGAUGGAACCCCGCAGCUUAUGUUGCAGGGUCACAAGAACUCUGUCAUUUCCGUUGCGAUCUCGCCGAAUGGCAAGUUGUUCGCUACUGGUUCCGGUGAUAUGAGGGCGAAGAUCUGGACGAUGCAGGCGUAAGCUUGCGCUUCAGUCGUCGAAAAAAGAGGGGAAAUACCAUGGGAGUGAUCUGUAUAGUAACAUGAUGUGACGCGUGUGGAUUUAGAGGAGUGGAUCCGGAUUGGUUCACUCACUUUUUUGGGAGUUUACAAACGUUGGAUUGGUAGGUUUAUCUCGUGUUUUGAAUGUUUUAGCUGUUUUUCUUUUUGGGUGUAAUGAGUGUUUGCCUUUGUUGGUAUUUGUAAUUCUUGCUGUCUUGUGCGUUAUGGUCUACUUUUUGGGCUUGUAGAUAUUGUGGUUAG